AUGAGAAGAAAUAAUGCACAAAUAGAUGUAAAUCAGGCAAAGGAGACGCCAUCAAGGCGUUCAGGAAUUUCUAAAGAUUUAGAAGGAGAAAUGCGAAAUGCUGGAGCAGAGUUAAUUAGACAAGCAUCAAUUCUUCUUGAAUUACAUAUAACAUGUUUUGGUACAGCAGAAGUAUUAUUUCAACGGUUCUAUUAUAGUGAAUCUCUUAGAAAAUUUUCAAUUAAAGAAAUAGCUAUGGGUGCCAUUUUUACAGCAUCUAAAAUUACAGAAUAUCCAAUAAAAAUAAAGGAUAUUAUAAGAAUAUUUUCAAGAUUAUUUGAUUGUAGGGAGGGAAAACCUAUGAAAGUUCUUGAAUAUUUUGAAGAAUUUUUUUAUAGGACUAGGGAUCAAAUUUUAAUAGCAGAAAUUACGAUAUUAUCAUCUUUGGGUUUUGAUACAUUUGUCGAACUUCCUUAUAGAUUAGCUAUUCAUUAUUUACAAAUAUUGGACUUAAUAAAUCAUGAAAUAAUUUUACAGAAGGUAUGGUCAUGUAUUAAUGAUGCUUUAUGUACAAGGGUUUCAUGUAUACAAAGUGCACCAUCUAUUGCUAUAGGAUGUAUUUUUAUUGCUACUAGAGAAGAGAAGAUUAAACUUCCAUAUGCAUGGUGGGAAAUUUUUGAUGUAUUUUUAGAAGAUGUGAAAUAUAUAGCAGCAAGUAUAAAAUCGUUUUAUAUAGAGGAAGAAGAACGGAAAAGGAGGGAAAGAGAAGGUAAUUUAACACCAAUAGAUUUAGAAGAAUUGGAAAAAUAUUUGAGUGAAAAAUAA